UCAUGUUGGAUUAGUGAUUGCAGGAUGGAUGAAGAUAAUGCUGUUGAAAGGUGUCCUAAAAGUCGUCCUGUUUUGGGAAAUAUAACGAAUCAGCUUGGAAACAAGAGACCAUUUUCUGCACUUUUGGGGAAUUCAAGUCUAAAGUGUGUAGAUAAGGGAAAUGAAAAUCUAGGGGGUAAAGUUGUUUUGGUAGAUGAUGGAGAUAAUGCAAAACGUGUUUGUGUUGGUCCUCGGCCUUGUGGCAAGAUUAAGUCAAUAAAGGUAGAUGUUGUAUCAGGGAUUUCAAAUAUACCAAAUGACAACCAGGAUCCCAGUUUGUUGCGAGUUGAUUCAGCUACUGCUAUCUGCCAAAGUACAAUCGGAGAUAACAACGAGAACAAUGAUGCUUGUGGGAGUGCUAUUGAAAUUGUCAAUGAUUGGGAAAUAAUUCCAAAGAAAAAUUCUGAAGUUAUAAAUGAUAUGGAUGGUUUGGUAACUGGGGUGCCAGUGCCAGCAUUGUCCGGAACUGAUGACCAUGAUGCUGCCCGGAGUUGUGAAAUUAACGAGGAUAGUGAGGGCACUGAAAGUGAGGAUAUGUUUCCUAAUGGCCCUGAUGAACUUGGUCUUGAUAAUCUGGUUAUGAGUCAGUCUGGGUCAGUAGACUUGGCAAGAUUGCCAGAUUCACAGGAGUCAAGAGUUAAACUUGAGACAUGUACAGGAACACAAACUUGUGAGGAUAAUUCAGGUUUAAGUGCUAGCAUUGAGUCAAUCAAAGCUUGCUCUUGUACCUUUUGCACCAAAGCUGCUUAUAUAUGGUUAGACCUACAUUACCAGGAUACCAAGGGUCGGAUAAGUGCCAUAAAGAAGAGUCAGAGAGAAGCAAGUCUUUUAGUUGAAAGAAGUGGCAAGGGUAAAGAGCUUCAGAAGGAGGGUCCAGAAAAGAAUACUGAAGCAGCAAAUCUUGAGUCAAGUUUAAUGGGUCACUGGAAGUCACUCUUUCAACACAUGGAGCACAUUUUUCAACGGGAAGCUGACCAGCUAGAAGGUAGUUUAGUUACACUGACCGACCUCAAAGACAGAUGCAAGACAGAACUGGAUUCGUCCAAUGGGACCUCAGAGAACUGCUAGAUGGUUCCAAAUCUUCUGUUUGAGGUUCAUUUUGUAUAAGUUUUUUGGUUGCUCAUGUUUUAACAUGAUCUAUUGUACUUGUGAAAUCUUGUAUAACAGUCCGGUUGAUGUAAAAUAGUUAGAAAAUGGUCUAACAUUCUUGGUGAUC